AUGCGUCGGCGACGGUCGGGACUCGGGUGUCGUCGUCAAAGGAGGCGCGACAUCAAAGGUCGCGCGGACCCGAGCGGUGGUGGUAUGGGUGGCGGAGGCGUGGGAGGCGCUGGUGGGCAGCAGUACGGCGAGGUGAACCAGCUGGGCGGGGUGUUUGUGAACGGCCGACCGCUGCCCAACGCGGUGCGAUUGCGCAUCGUGGAGUUAGCACAGCUCGGCAUCAGGCCCUGUGAUAUCAGUCGACAGCUCCGAGUGUCCCAUGGUUGUGUGUCCAAGAUCCUGGCGCGGUACCACGAGACUGGCUCGAUACUGCCUGGGGCCAUCGGCGGGUCUAAACCAAGGGUCACCACACCCAAGGUGGUUUCUUAUAUAAAGCAGCUGAAAGCGAAAGACCCCGGCAUAUUCGCGUGGGAGAUUCGCGACAGACUGCUGGCGGACGGCGUGUGUGACAAGUACAACGUGCCGUCGGUGUCCAGCAUCAGCCGCAUCCUGCGCAACAAGCUCGGCGGCGGCGCCCUCUACCCUGUGCCACCGCUGUACCCUGUGCCACCGCAGCGGUGCUGGCCUCUGCACCAGCCUUACGACUACUACGUUUAUCUUCAGGGUCGGCAGCACGCAGCCAGCAACCCCCACCCACUGCCGCAUCCUCACCAGCAGCCGCCGCACCAUGCGCACGCGCACGCGCUCUGA